AUUCUUUCUGACUGCGAGGAUUAUUCAUGUGGCUUUUACAACCCCAACAAAAAUCAGUCCUUUAUCUCCUCAUUUUCAUGAUCGCCAUGGAAGAAAUGUAACCACAAUCAAUGUUGAGUAGAAACUCUAUGCUUUUUACUCUCCUACUAUUCUCAUCAUCAUAAAUAAAUCAAUCUACAGAUAUUUCUGUUCUCUCCUUAGACCUCACACCAGAAGCAGAAAGCUCACCGGAAAUCAAUCAACAAGAACUCUCUCCUCACUUUCACAAUCACCAUGGGAGAAGUGCAACCACAGAUCAAUGCUCCUAUCAGUGAUGAUUUCUGCGUCCGCCCCUGCACACUCACGGAAGCCGAAGAAAACUCACCGGAAAUCAACAACAAAUCUCUCCUCACACGUUACAAAUGGUGGUUUCAAAUGCUCCUCUACUCCUUCUUCCUCCUCUCCGGCUCCGGCUCCGCCACCAUCCUAGGCCGCCUCUACUACAACAACGGCGGCAAAAGCAAUUGGAUCGCGACCUUAGUCCAAGUCAUCGGCUUCCCCAUCCUCAUCCCCUUCCUCUUCUUCACCACCGCCGACACCGAAAAUCGCCGCCGUCCCCUCGCCCUGGCCGCCUUCAACGUCGCGAUCGGCGUCUUCCUCGCCGUCGACUGCCUCCUCUUCUCCAUCGGCCUCCGCUACCUGCCGAUCAUCACCUACACGCUGAUCGGGGCCUCGCAGCUAGGGUUCAACGCCGUCUUCUCUCUCUUCCUCAACCGCCAGAAAUUCACCCCUUUCAUCGUCAAUUCAUUGGUCCUCCUCACCGUCUCGUCCACUCUCCUCGUCUUCGAUCCCGAAUCCGGCGACUCCACGGCUGCCUCGGGGCGGAAAUACGUGGUCGGAUUCGUCUGCACCGUCGCGGCCUCCGCCGGGUAUGCGAUGAUGCUGUCGCUGACGCAGCUGGCCUUUCAGAAGCUGAUUAAGAAGGAGACAGCUCGCGCGGUGAUGGAGAUGACGAUCUAUCAAAGCCUGGUUGCCUCGAUCGUGGUCGUGAUCGCCCUAUUCGCCAGCGGGGAGUGGCGGCACCUCGGCGGGGAGAUGGAUGGCUACAAAAGGGGGAAAGUGGGCUACUUGAUGAAUCUGGCGUGGACGGCAGUAGGGUGGCAGGUGUUCGGAGUUGGAUGCGUUGGUUUGAUCUUCCAAGUGUCGGCGCUGUUUGCGAAUGUGAUCGGAAUGCUGGGGCUGCCCAUGGGGCCGGUGCUGGCCGUGAUGUUUCUAGGAGACCGGCUGAGCGGGUUGAAGGCGGUGGCGAUGGUGGUGGCGAUGUGGGGGUUCGUGUCGUAUAUCUACCAGCAUUAUCUCGAUGAUUUGGAGAUGAAGGAGAGACAGAGAAGUGAAGAUGGUGUGCAGCUUCCGCUUGUUGAUCAAAGAGGAGCUUCUGCUGCAUCUUAGAUUUUUUUGGAGAAUAUGGAUGCAACUUGCAAGAUUACUGCAUUUGUAUGUAUCUUUAAUUAAUUUUAUGCCAAAUUAAGCCUA